CAACAAAUUUCUUUCUUAGAUUAGUGUGACAGCUCCAAGUUGUGCCUAGCUCACCAAGAUGGCAGCCGCUGGCUUUAUUGUGACCCUUGCCAUUUGUUUGGCUUUGUCAUCUUCAUUUUCUCACGCUUUCGAUGACAAUCCUUUGCAGGAUUUCUGCGUUGCUGUGUCUGAUACAUCUGCAGCUGUGUUCGUCAAUGGAAAGAUCUGCAAGAACCCAAAACAGGUAACUAGUGACGAUUUCCUCGGAACAGGCUUUAAUAUUCCUGUAGACACCAACAACUCUCUUGGAUCUGGAUUUAAGCUGGUUGACGUUAACGUAAUACCCGGCCUUAACACUCUUGGUCUCAGUCUACUUCGUGUAGACUUUGCACCAGGUGGUGUCAUACCUCCUCACACGCAUCCUCGUGCUACUGAGGCCGUCAUAGUAAUCGAGGGCACCAUCUAUAUUGGUUUUGUCACCUCCAAUCCAGCUGAUAACACGAAAAAUAGGUUAUAUGCUAAGAUUUUGAAACCAGGAGACAUCUUCGUCCUCCCAAUUGGCCUAGUUCAUUUUCUAAGAAAUGUGGGGAAAACAAAGGCGAUGGGGAUUGUGGCUUUCAAUAGCCAAAACCCCGGUACCAUCACAAUUGCAAAUGCAGUUUUCGGGACAGAGCCGCUUAUUUCUCCUGAAGUUCUCACUAAAUCAUUUCAGCUGGACAAGAAGGUGAUCCAGUACCUCCAGUCAAGGUUCUAGUGGAGACAUGUUUUGUCCUCGUGUGAGGACAUUCCUUUGUGUUUUGUUCCCCAUCCAAAUUAGAAUAAUGUUGGAUGUGUAAUUUAUAUAGUUUUUUUCAUUUUUCAGUUCUACUCUGUGCCCUAAGAGCACAGGAUAAGAGCUGUAUCUAGUGUUCAAGUUGUUUGUAAAAGUUUAAAUUUAUAGACAAAAGUUUAUGUAAUUCAGGGUAUUUCAAUAAACUAUUUUUCACAAAAAAUUAUAGACAAUAAGCUUUUUCCUA